CAUACAAGCCUUUAGACUCCUUCAUUCUCUGUCUUUAUCUCUAAGCAACUAUCCAUCCCCAUUCUCUCAUUCACUCCUCAUCUUUGAUCACAUCCCAGCUUUGGUUUCUCGAAACUCGCCGGAGCCGUGCCAUUGCAUGGAGUUUUAGGAGGCCUUACGAGCCUGUAAAUUGAUUAGAAUAUUUUCUUAGGGCUCCUAUCCUCCAAGACUUUCUUAUCCCUUGAAAAGGAUGGGAGAAAUGUCGAGCUUCCAGUUGGGGGUUAUUGGCGCGCUGUUCCUUUCAGUAGCAUCAUCUGUCUCCAUUGUCAUCUGCAACAAAGCUUUGAUGAGCAAUCUUGGCUUCCCUUUUGCUACUACGCUCACUAGUUGGCAUCUUAUUGUGACAUUCUGCACCCUCCAUGUGGCUCAACGGUUGAAUUUUUUCGAAUCGAAAUCAACGGACACAAAGACUGUAAUACUCUUUGGCAUUCUAAACGGGGUUUCAAUUGGACUUCUCAACUUGAGCCUGGGUUUCAACUCCAUAGGAUUCUACCAGAUGACAAAACUUGCAAUCAUACCGUUCACUGUAUUAUUGGAAACUAUUUUCUUGAAAAAGCAAUUCAGCCAAAAGAUAAAGUUCUCUCUCUUCCUCUUGCUAAUAGGAGUUGGCAUUGCCUCUAUAACUGAUCUUCAGCUCAAUUUUCUUGGGACCGUUCUAUCCGUUUUAGCCAUCAUAACUACAUGUGUUGGUCAAAUUCUGACAAACACAAUACAAAAGAGGCUCAAUGUCUCUUCAACUCAGCUGCUAUACCAGUCAGCCCCAUUUCAGGCAGCAAUUCUCUUUGUCUCGGGCCCUGUGGUAGAUCGGUUCCUCACAAAGCAAAAUGUCUUCGCCUACAAAUAUUCCCCCAUAGUUUUGGCAUUCAUUGUGCUUUCAUGCCUAAUAGCCGUGGCCGUGAAUUUUAGCACCUUUCUUGUUAUUGGAAAGACUUCACCGGUUACAUAUCAGGUUCUAGGCCACCUAAAGACAUGCCUUGUUCUUGCCUUUGGCUAUACACUACUACGUGACCCGUUCACAGAGAGGAACAUCAUUGGAAUCCUAAUUGCAGUUUGGGGCAUGGGAUUGUAUUCAUAUUUUUGCACCCAGGAGAGUAAAAAGAAACAAUCCUUUGAUGCACCAUUGGUUUCUCAGAUUAUAGAUAAAGACACAACACCACUUUUGUCUGGGAAGGGCAUGGGUCAUCCAGAUAAGGAAACUCAAGAGGCUAAGAAAUCAAGCAAGGAUUCUGUUGUUUAAAUCAUAGGCUUUUGUGUCAAAAGGUUCAUGUAUUUUGGUGUUCUUUCCAGAUUCAGGACAUUAUUUUCCCUAUAAACUCAAGACAUUUUGCUGAGUGUAAAUGGUUUUGAUUCUUUGAAUAAAUUCCAACAUUCCCACUCUGCUCCUU